GUCAUGGCGACGCGCAUAGAGAAACAGGAAUGACUUCAGUGACCGGGGAUUCAGAACAUAAGAAUCUUAGUUUUGCAAAAAUAACAAUGCGAACAAUUACAAUUCAAUUUAGCAGCUGAUGCAACGGUAGAAAACAGUCAAUAUGAGUGGAAAACUUUUUCUGGAGAACCUGCUGCGCUAUAACACUGCCUGCAGACAGCUCUGUGCCCUGUGCUAUAAGGAAGUCCACAGAACACGGCGCACAACGCUUGGAUCACCUGCUUACUGCACUAAACUAUCUAGGUUCCUCAACACCCCAAAGUGGUGCAAUGAGACUUUAAUCAUGGUCUCCAUUAGCCAAACCAGACUGUUUUCCACAAAGCUGGGUAAAGGCUCUGGAAAGACAAAGAUUCCAAAACCAAAAGCAAAACAAGAAAAGCAAGAAGUAGAAAUUAAGCAGCGUAUGUCUGUUGCUGAACUUGCUCAAGCAAUGAACAAAGAUGUUGAUCACGUUUAUGAGGCUCUGCUACACACAACCAUUGAUCUGGACUCCUUGGAACCAGACUCCCUCUUAGAUGAGGUAUGGAUCAAGGAGGCAGUCAAGAAAUCAGGAAUGAAGUACAAAUGGGCAAAACUGACUGAGGGAAAAGUCAGGGAAAAUAAAGAUGCAGUUAACAGGCCCCCAGCAGACCCAACAGUGCUGGUUGCACGUCCCCCUGUUGUAACCAUAAUGGGUCAUGUAGACCAUGGUAAAACCACACUGCUGGACAGUUUAAGAAAGAGCCAGGUGGCGGCCAUGGAGGCCGGAGGUAUCACCCAGCACAUCGGAGCAUUCCUCGUCCAACUGCCAUCUGGUGAAAAGAUCACUUUCCUAGACACACCAGGGCAUGCAGCCUUUUCAGCAAUGAGAGCCCGAGGAGCCCAUGUAACUGAUAUAGUCAUACUGGUGGUAGCUGCAGACGACGGGGUGAUGAAACAAACAGUAGAAUCCAUUCAGCAUGCCAAAAAUGCAAAAGUUCCCAUCAUCCUGGCUGUGAAUAAGUGUGACAAGCCUGACGCGGACACAGAGAGGGUAAAGAAGGAGCUGCUGGUCCAUGAUGUGGUGUGUGAGGAGUACGGUGGAGAAGUGCAGGCUGUCCACGUGUCAGCUCUCAAGGGAGACAACCUGAAGUCUUUGGCAGAGGCCACAGUUACUCUGGCAGAGGUGCUGGAACUGAAGGCCGAUCCCACGGGGCUGGUUGAGGGGACCGUCAUAGAAAGCCGAACAGACAAAGGCAAAGGUCCUGUAACCACGGCUAUAAUUCAGAGAGGCACUCUGAAGAAAGGCUGUACGCUGGUGGCUGGUAAGUCCUGGGCGAAGGUGCGUUGGAUGUUCGACGAGAAUAACCGAGCGAUGAGUGAGGCGGGGCCCAGCACGCCCGUGGAGAUCGUGGGCUGGAAGGAUGUGCCGUCCGCAGGGGAGGAAAUCCUUGAAGUGGAGUCCGAGCAAAGAGCUCGUGAAGUUAUUGAAUGGAGGAAAUAUAUUGAAGAGCAGGAGAAACUGAAGGAGGACCAGCAGGUGAUUGAAGCAAAGCAGAAAGAGCACCAAGAGUCCUACAGCAAGGAGCGGGACACCAUGAGCCAUCUGAACUGGAGACAGAGGAAGAGCGCCAUGUACAGGGCCAACAAACAGCGCAUGGCCUUCAGACCCAAGGAGAGGAUGGAGAAUGAGCAGCUCGCCCUCCCUGUCAUCAUCAAAGGUGAUGUGGAUGGAUCUGUGGAGGCCAUUCUGAACAUCCUGGACAGCUAUGAUGCUGAUGAGCAGUGUGAGCUGGACAUUGUGCACUUCGGUGUUGGAGACAUUAGUGAAAAUGACAUUAACCUUGCAGAAACAUUCUCAGGCGUGGUCUACGGGUUUAACGUGGACGCCAACAAAGCUAUUCAGCAAGCUGCUGUUAAGAAAGGAGUCCAGAUAAAACUGCACAACAUUAUCUACAAGCUCAUUGAUGACCUAAAAGAGGAACUGAGCAGCAAACUGCCUCCCACAGUGGCAGAGAAUGUAGUAGGAGAAGCCUCUGUUCUGGCUACGUUCUACGUCACUGUUGGGAAGAAGAAGUUGCCAGUGGCUGGCUGCAGGGUGAACAAGGGACAGCUCGACAGAAAGAUGAAGUUUAAACUCAUCCGCAGGGGAGACAUCAUUUGGAAAGGUUCUCUGACGACUCUGAAGCACCUCAAGGAUGAUGUGCAGACAGUCAAGACUGGAAUGGAGUGUGGCCUCAGUAUGGAUAAGGACAUUGAUUUCCAGCCUGGAGAUGAAGUUGUGUGCUACGAAGACACAGAAAAACAGCAGGAGAUCUGCUGGGACCCAGGGUUUUAAACUAAUGAGGACAACCAUCAAUUUCAGGACUGGAUCACUAGUGAAACAUGAUGGACCUGAUGCUCAAAGCUUUUUACUCUUAAUUGUUAGCACAUUUUUAAUGAAAGGGGAAAAAAGCACCAAUAGUAAUUCUAAAUUGAAUACAAAACAACUUAGAUUACUCAAUACAAUCUUGAGUUGUUUAUUCUGUUUGGUACUUUUUAUUGGGUACAUUUGUCCUUACUGAAAAAAUUAUGCUAAUGUUUGGAUUGAGAAGAAUCAGAAAACUUUUCUUUAAAGCAGCUGUAUGAAAUUGUACAACUUCAAAGCAAGUUAUUUAUUGAUAUCUGCAUAUCAGAUAUGACAUCUAAACAAUCUGUAAUAUCGUAAUAAAACACAUCAUUCAAAA